AUUGAGCACAGCUCAGCCUGGGAGGCCAGUAGCUUGUCUUGUCUGUGUCAUGCCAGACCUUUUUUCCAAUGGCGUGUAAUGAGAGUGGGGGUCGCAGGUUUUUAUUGUCUUUUGGACUUUUUGUGGCUGUAAGUUGUUCGUUUUGCAAUUGUGCCAGCCUCACCAGGUUGGAAGCUCUGCAUAAAUUCCAAGGUCAGCCUGAAGGAAGCCUUCUGCACCAUGGUAGACUCUUAGUUGGGCAAAGUUCUCUACAAGGUUCUAAACCCAAGAUUACAGAGGCUGCAGCUGUCGACCUGGACGUCGAUUCCGAUUACCAGGCAGAUAUGGUGUGGGAGCCGCCUGCAGAGUGGGCUGCUGGUCCAAGGCCGAGCCCGGACAGCAGAGCAGUGGAGCAACUCCUUAAACUGGAACCAGAGGUUGAAUGCACGGGCGACUCCAUGCAUCUCAACGUGAGAAAUCCUGGUUCCACACCGGGGUCGUUGUUCCUCGUGGACAGGGGGGGUCACCUGCCUCCUCUGCCUCUGUCCAAGUUGCCACCGAGCUGCGGCUUCACGUUCAAGUCGACGCAAGGGCACCUGGUGUUCGUGGCUCCCUACGAUGGCUGCUUUGUUGCCCGUGAGGGGGACAGCUACGUCCUGCCGCUGCGUUGGUUCGGGCUAGCGGUGCGCAUGUCCUGCCCCUUAACGAGACCCUCAGCCAAGCCGCCGAUGGUCACCUGCCACUCCGAGGGCAUGAUUGUGAAAACGGGCUGGACCGUCCCCGUCGCUAAAAUCGGUGUCAAACUGAAGGGAAGCUGGGAGCCCCUGAUGAAGGCCUCGUCCACCUGCGGGUUCAGCGUGGUCGUGCAUCCUGAAGGCUUGGUCAUCUCCGCUCACUACGCCCCCUGCCUGGAGGAGAAGGACGGGAUGUACACUCUGGAACUGACUGGCGAUGGGGAAUCUACAAUUUCCUGUCCAUCCCUGUCAGCGUCUCAUCCUGAGCCUGCGGAAGGCGCCCGUCCACACCCAGACCGCCAUCAUCCGCAUUCGAAGCCUCCAGGUUCGCCUCCGUUCCCAGUGUCUCCUGGGAAACCACAUGACGCGGUGGCAGCGGCGACGCCCGAUCCCCAGGUCCCUCACUACCCGGUUCCGUUCUAUGUUCCACCCCAGCCUGGCCCGCUCUCUGCACAGCCACCAGUAACGGAACCACAGGUGACGCACCCUGCAGGUCAACCUGAGCACCACGAACCGAAUCCCUCAUCGCCAUUUGUCUUUUAUAAUCUGCCAUUAGUGGACCCGGCCUUUUUUAAUGAACCCCACGCAGAGCACUUUUUCUACCAGGACCCAUUUUACCAUGGCUUUCCGGCUUCUGAUCAUCAUCCGAUGCCCAUGCCUCUUAAACAGGAAGCCGUUGCUUCAUCCCCACAGAGCCCAGCGUCACCGCAUCCUGAAGCCCCCCAUGCGCCGUCUGGUUUGGUGCAGCAACUAGAACAGGUCCCUGCUCCAUCCAGUAAUGGUAAAAAACCCCAACCCCUCACCCAGCACCCUUCUAAUGGUGGUGCCGUUCCCCCGGACUCUCCAUGGUUCUCCCCUGUGCACUGUCCUAAAGUUUGUCCAUCCGGCUUCUCUAACUGCUGUCCACAACUGGCCUUUAAUCAGUAUCUCCACCUGGCUCCAGUCGGCUUUGGCCGUAAACGUACUGGGUUUGGCGGCAGCUGGGAUUCUGCUCACCACAAUAAUCAUAACCCAGCAGAACCACUGCAAGUGCAUUCUGCUUCACUUCAGUCCGGUGCGUCUGGAAACCGACACGAAUACCUCCAGCCACCAGAUGGCGUCCACGCUCCGCAGGCCAGGAGACAUCCCAGUGAGCUUCACCUGCCUGAUAGCUUUUAUAACUUGCCAUACGUGGAUCCAUUUCAUCCAGCUCCCUACAGCGUGCCGUCGAGGCCCUGGGCCCCAGAUUACCCCUCGUUUAAUCAGAUGGUGCAGUUUGAGCCGUAUAACGUGCACGGCCCAAAGCUGCGACAUCAUUUUAUGAAUAGUCUUGGCCUAAAUCAAAAGCCUGCAGCCUGGCAGCUGCAGCCGUCGCACUCGCAGGCCCGGGAGCUACCUGAACUGGACCCGCUCCAUGUCCCUGACCCGAAUCUUCAAGAAGGUCAAGCUCCAUUAGUCCCCGCCUCCUCACAUUCACAGCUGUCGGUGAACGCCAUGACUGAUUACACGGCGCACGAUCAAACUGGGCACCCGGAUUCCGAACCACAGAGCAAUGUGCUGCUGCACCACGGCCCGGCCGGUUGGAGGAUGGGUGGUUGGAGUGACUCUCACUCAAACCCUGGUCCAAGUUUCCCACGAGAACACUACCAUCGGGCCGCCUGGGACCGGUGAGGGUUUGUCCAGACCCUCCCUUUGAUGCCAGGCCCCAAUGGUGCAGCACGUUUCAAGCAUAAGACUUGUUUAUUGGGUGAAUGUGUGUUGUAACCUGUGGAUACAGUACAAAUAAAAUAUUUAAAAGAAAAAGGA